UUCCGGAAGUAGAUGGCGUGCAUUGAUAUUAGAUAGUGAAAGGAUGGAAGUGUUUCUCUACAAUUCCACCGUUUGUAGACUAUGUGGCGAAGAAAAUGAUAAUGGAACUUUAUUAUAUUCUAACGAAGAAAAUAAUCAAAACUUGAGUGAAAUUAUUAACACACAUUUACCUUUAAAGGUAUCAGAUGACGGUGAGCUUCCUAGGACUAUUUGUCCUGGCUGUACAAUACAAUUAGAAGCUACAGUAGAAUUUUUGAAUCUAAUUAUUAAUGGACAAAAAAUUAUACGGGAGUUGUAUCAAAGAGAAAAAGAAUAUAAAAAAAAUAUUUUGAAUACGUCUAGUAACACACGGGAAGUUUUAUCAGAAAAAAUUAUCUAUGAAAUUAACACAAGCGAUGGAGUAUAUCAUGUGGAACAUCCUAUAUCACUACAAGUUGCAGGUCUUGAUAAGCCUAAAAGAAAACGGGGUAGGCCUAAGAAAACUAAAACACCAGACAAUAUUGCACAACAAUCGGUGACCAAAGAACAACAACCAGAAGUCAGUAGUAAACCUGAUGAGAAGGAUGAAGAGGAACCAUCGGGUAAAAGGAAAAGAAAAGCACCAACUAGGUUUAGUGAAGCUGUGCAGGGUAAAGAAUUAGAACGAAUAUUCAUAGAAGUAGGAGUGAUAGAUGGAGAGGAAGAGAAAAAAGCCAAAGCCGACGCAGCUCCAAAGGAACCAGAGGUAAUCGGACAUUUGGAAGACUCAGGAGAGCUGGUUGUUGUUGUAAAGGGCAAGGGACGGGGAAGACCGAAGGGCCGCAUGAGCCAGACAGUCGAAGAGUGCGCGGUGUGCCGGCAGCAGUUCUCCUCGCGGGGCCGCUACAUGUCGCACGUGGCGUCGCACGGCCGCGUGCGCUUCCGCUGCGACUGCGGCGCCACCUUCGUCACCCGCGCCGCCCUCGCCGCACACCACGAGGCCGCCGCGCAUACGGGCGAGACUGUCGAAGCCGCUGAUAAGUCCCAAUCUAAAGAUUCACUUGACAUUGCAAAAGAGACAACAGCAGAAAACAACAAUACACCUCCGACUGACAAAAAAGAUGAAACAGAUGAUCCUCAAGCACUUCCCGACUUGAGUGAUGCAAGCAAGCCUGCGAUAAACGCAGUGGAUGUCACUGAAGAAGUAGUAGAUGCGACUGAAGAUAAUGAUAACAGCAAUAAUGAGAAAAUUGUUUCAGACAGUGCUAGCGAAGAUGGUAAUGAUGAAGUAGAAACAAACAAAGAGAAAAAACACAAGUGCAAUCAUUGCGGUAAAUUAUUUUGUAACAGACAAAGCAAGUCAUUACACAUUAAGGCGGUACACCUUGGAGAGAAGUCAUAUGCUUGUACAGAAUGCGAAGCACGUUUCGCUUACCCGCAGUCAUUGGCAGUACACCGGGUCUCGCAUCGCCGCUUCCGUCCUACUAAUGGUUAUGCGUGCGACCUUUGUGGAAAGGUGCUGAACCACCCGUCGUCCGUGGUGUACCACAAGCAGGCGGAGCACGCGGCGCAGCGCUACGUGUGCGGAGCGUGCGGGAAGGCCUUCCGACACAAGCAGCUGCUGCAGCGGCACCAGCUCGUGCACUCGCAGGCGCGCCCCUUCACUUGCAGGACGUGCAAUGCGUCGUUUAAGACCAAAGCGAACCUGAUUAACCACCAAAUUCUACAUUCCGGCGUUAAAAAGUUCUCGUGCGAUAUUUGUAAACAGAAAUUUGCACACAAAACCAGUCUCACGUUACACAUGAGAUGGCACACUGGCGUUAAGCCAUAUUCGUGUAACGUGUGCGGUAAGAGCUUCAGCCAGAAGGGUAACCUGUCGGAGCACUCUCGCAUCCACACGGGCGAGAAGCCCUACCAGUGCACGCAGUGCCCGCGCCGCUUCACCACCUCCUCGCAGCACCGCCUGCACGCGCGCCGCCACGCGCGCCGGCCCGCGCACGACAGGACCGCAGUGGAAGCCAUCGUCCGGCGUCGGCGUAUGCUAGCCAGGCGGAAUCUCCAACAGACUCAGACGCAGAUCAGCCUGCUCGUAGACGAUAAGAACCAGCAGGCGCAGUUGCAGGUGCCACAAGUGCAGGUGCCGCACCCGAUCAUGGAGAAGUUGGAGCUGGACGAUGUGGACACGGAGGAGAGCGUCAUAUACGUGGCGUACGAAGCGGAUGACUCUGAUGCGACUGCCUUUCACAUACUGGACCCUGAACAGAUGGAAAAUGACAUGGCAAAUUACUACCAGUACAACAUGGGUUUCAGCCAGAAAAUAAUUUUUAAAGAUAAAGUUUUGCCUUCUAAAUGUCAUUGCCAACCAGAUCACAUUAAAAGAAUGCAUGAUGCUGUAUUAUCCCAAAAAUGUGAGAAAAGUAUGUUAACAGAACCUGUUCUAAUAGUUGAAAAAUCAGUCCAGUGUCAUUUUAUAAAUAAAGAUGACAUAGAAGAAAACAAAGUGCUGAGCCCAUGCGACAUGUAUUCGGGCACGUCCCUGCUGGUGCCGCAGCUGCAGCCGCUGAAGAUGGAGAGCGGUGAGGAGGAGGAGGGCGUUCUGCAGGCUGAGCAGCUGGUGCUAGAGAGGGAGAACAUACCGGUAACGGACGAGCAAGGGAAUCCUCUGCACUUUACAAUGCAAGAUGGCACAAAACUUGCCAUCACAUCCAUAGACGGGAAAACUUUGCAGGUCAUUACGCAAGACGGACAAACUAUACCAGUUGAGAUUAACGACUUCAACGAGGAAGAGGCCCUCAGCCCGGAGCCCGCUGCCCCGGUGCACAGGGCGGGAGGCGCGUCGCCCGCGCACUACUACAUCGUGUAGACCGCAGCCGCCGGAGAGACGCUGGAACGGCUCGUUUUCAUUGUAAACGAUACCUCCCAACUUUAGCUCAAUUUUUUUAUAAUGUGCAAUGGCAAAAUCGUUAAUUUUAUAGUUACCGACCGUAAAAAAAUUAUAAUUUUUAAUAUUGGAAUAUGGUUAAAGUGCUACUAUUAAUUACGUAAUACGAGUUGUAUUAUGAAAAAUGAUUGAUUUUUUUUUUAAUAAUUAUUUGCCACAUCAAUGUUUAUUCGAAGUUUUUUAGUACGAAUAUUUACAGCAAUUGUAUGUUAAUUUUAAGUAAAACUGAUUAUUUAUCUAAUUUAAUUGUAAGAAUUAAGUAUUAUUGAUUAAUGAUUAAAAUUAAAAACAUUUUGGGAUAUUGCAAUCUGUGAAAGUGGACUUUCCGUCCUGAAUUACUAUUUUUCUUUUUUUUACAUUGUAAAGUUUAAAAUAAAAUUAUAUAAAAUGCAAAUUCCUAGUUAGGAUCAGGUUAAAGAUCGCAUUUAAAAUAUUUCCUACAAUUUUGACAAUAUCCUUGAGCAAAACAACAACGAACAAAAUAAUGUUCUCAUAUGUAAUAAGUUAACAAUUUUGCUUAGUUUCACAAGAAGUUUGUCACAAAUUUUAAUUUGACUAAAGUAUGUCGUUUUAGAAAUAAUUAUUUAUUAAUGUUAAAAAUGAAUGUGUUUAACGAUUUUAAUAGAAAUGCGCAGGUUUUAGUUAAAGAAUGUAAUUAUGAAUGCGAAUAAAUGAGAGUUUUAAUGUAAU